AAGGUCCUCAUCAUUCUGUUGCAGCAGCAGCAGCAGCCGCCAUCAAAACCUCUCAGCUCAUAUUUCCUUCUCUCUCUUCCCAGCUCUGCAUACAGAGAGAGAGUGAAAGACAGAGAGAGCAAUUCCUCCAUGGGCACAAUUAAGCCUCCUAUUUGGAGGCUAAGGCUACCCCUUUCCAUUGUCACCAUUCUAAUCUCCACUUUGGCCUUCGUUGCUCUCUUGACCACUGAAAGAAUAAGCUCCGCCGCCAUUUUCAAGUUCAAAUCCUGCUCCAGAAGAGACCACACUGUUCGCAAAUCCAUCCAGCCCACUAGAGAUGAGAACAGCCCGGAAGAUGACGUGGUUAGCUCGCACGUGGACGACAGGUUCGAGUUUGACCCAAACGAAUGCAGCGUCACUCAUGGGAAGUGGGUUUUUAACAGCUCCUUCAAGCCCUUGUACUCCGACCGGACUUGUCCCUACGUCGACCGGCAAUUCUCUUGUGUGAGGAAUGGACGGCCGGAUUCAGAUUACCGUCGCUGGGAGUGGCAGCCGGACGACUGCAUCUUGCCCAGGUUUAAUGCUAAAGUUGCGCUUGAGAAAAUAAGGGGAAAGAGACUGAUGUUUGUGGGCGAUUCCUUGCAAAGGAAUCAAUGGGAAUCGUUCGUUUGUUUGGUUGAAUCCAUUAUACCUCAAGACCAGCAGUCCAUGAAACGAGGCCGCUCGCAUUCAGUCUUCAAAGCAAAGGGAUACAAUGCAACGAUUGAAUUCUACUGGGCUCCAUUUCUAAUCGAGUCGAAUUCAGAUAAGAAUAUAAUAGUAGAUCCAAAGAAAAGGUUACUAAAAGUGGACUCAGUAUCCAAGCAUGCCAAGUACUGGGCAGGAGUGGAUAUCUUGGCUUUCAAUUCUUACGUUUGGUGGCUAAGUAGCACCACGGUGAGGGCACUAUGGGGUUCGUUUCCGAAUGGUGAAGACGGAUGGGAAGAGCUGGAUACACUGGUAGGCUACAGGAUUGGAUUGAAGACAUGGGCCAACUGGAUUGACUCCAAUGUUGAUCCCAACAAAACCCGUGUGUUCUUCACUACCAUGUCCCCUACUCACGCCAGAAGUGCAGAUUGGGACCACGAGGAUGGGAUCAAAUGCUUUAACGAGACGAAACCAGUGAUGAAAAAGGGGCAGUGGGGAACGGGCUCGAACAAGCCGAUGAUGGGCGUGGUGGCCGACGUGGCGGGGAAGAUGAAAGUUCCCGUCAUUUUCAUUAACAUAACCCAGCUAUCAGAGUACCGCAUCGAUGGCCACGCAUCCAUUUACAACGAGCUGGCAGGCGAGCUGCUGACGGAAGAGCAGAAAGCCGAUCCCUUCAACUAUGCGGAUUGCAUCCACUGGUGUUUGCCUGGAGUUCCCGAUACAUGGAACCAAAUACUUCUCGCAUACUUGUAGUAGCAUGCAAUGUAUGAUCCAACAAAUAUUAAAUCACUCAGAUUAAUCUGUGAUUCUUAAUUGGCCCCAAAUUGUCAAUUUUUACACACAGUUUGCCGAAUCGUAAGUGUAGAUGAGCAUUGUUUUUCAAAAGAAAUACAUUGGUUAUUAGGCCCAUAUUUU